AGGAUAUGUUGUUCUUUUCUUUAUAUUUAUUUGUGUUUUUCUCUCACAAUGACGAUGAAGAUGUUCAUAUUUAUUUUUAUUUAGAAUAUGAUUUGUUGAACAAUACAAAUUUUAGGUGGUUAUUUAACUUGCAUUCUUAACCGAAUUUUAAAGUGUUUAUUCAACUUGCUAUCUUAGUCUUGCUUACCACAUCAGCAUAACUAUGACCAAUUUUGUGGUUGUCGGGCUAGUGCUUGAAUUUAUAUAUCAAUGAAGUGUCAUUAAGUACUUUGUGGAUAACAUUAUAUGCGUACUUUGGCAAACUUUUGGACCUACUAAUCAUUUCUUUCAGGAUGGAGAUUUGGAAGUAACAUUCCCUGCCAUGCUUGGCAACUUGAUCCGCCAUCGAUAUUUAUCUUCAAGGAUAUUUGAAAGAAGAGAUGUCUGCCUUCAUUGGCUAGCUACUUUAUCCGUCAUCAAUAUCUAUUUUGUUUCAAACUUCCCAAUUACAACAUGAGUGCAUAUAGUUAGAGUUUAAGGACGUCAAAAAUUUUUGGGAAAAAACUAUUUUAGUAUCUUUGGAAAAGUUCCAGGUAUAUUAUUUUUUCAUUUUAUGCAAAUCCUUAUAUACAUUUCAUAUGCAAAACUUCAUAUCUUUAUUGACAAAUUCGGGUUAUGUGACAAGAUAUGUUUAGCUUUUUGUAUUUACCGGUAGUUGUGUGGGAUUUAAUUAGUUGAAACUUAAAGCUAUGAAUAGGGAAUUAGUGAGAAUACAUACUCUUUAUUUGGGAAAAUCAUUUAUUUAUACUCUAAAGAUUUAGAAGACCGGUGAGUUAUAGUAUGCUGAUUAUUCUCAUUAAAUUAUGCUUACAGGUGAGCUUCACCGCUUAGCUUGCUGUACUUCCUUUGUAUGUAUAUCUGGGUGACCAAGGUUAAAAUUGGGCACAUAGUAUUAACAUGGACACUAUAAAAGUGAGUAACUUCAACAUGCAACUUUUAUUCGGACGAUCACAUGUCGGGCAAUCUAAGGCCAAAGUGAAAAGAAUAAGCUCUUAAUAGAAAUGGCGGUACUUUGCAGAUUCAUUUUAAUCAAUGGAGAUUUUCCCAAUCUUGAUAUUUGCCGGUGUAGUGAUGCUUCGCACAUACUUCGCCCAGGGGUACGAAUGUAGUUAUAUUAAGACAGAGAUGGAUUGGGAUGGUGGAUGAGAUUAGGGAAGAAUGUCUCUGCUAAUAUACUUGAGAGCUUAUCAGGAAAGCAAUUUUAUAUGGCUUUGGUGUUGGUCUUGGGAAUCAUCAGCUUUCCCAUCUUCAUCGUGCAAACUCCAUGUAUGGAUAUGGAGGAUUGGUUUAGAGAAUCACAAUAAGCAAUUAAAGAAUCUGCGUGAAACGAAGCCACGCGACCCCGACUCAAUGGCCUCUCUCUUGCUUGAUGGCCACCAAGGCCCCUCGGGGUGGUGUGCCAAUCAGUACCAUUUCUCCGCUGACAACCAUGUUCACCACCUUCUCCUCCAACUUAACAGUACUCAGGGCCUACAUUUUUCUCUAUGGGAGAGGCUAUUUGGCGUAAUCUGGGGUUGGUGAAACGAUUCAAGAAAGAGCAGAUAUAUUUGAUAAUGCUGCACUAAAUGCUGCUCUCAAUGCACAGUUUCUUUUUCAGAUUGGUGUAUUUAGUGCAGUGCCAAUGAUUUUGGGUUUCAUCUUGGAACAAGGAUUCCUGAGAGCAAUUGUUAGUUUUGUAACAAUGCAGUUUCAACUUUGUACCAUGUUUUUCACUUUCUCUUUAGGCACAAGAACACAUUACUUUGGACGGACUAUUCUUCAUGGUGGAGCUAGGUAUCAAGCAACUGGUAGGGGCUUUAUUGUUCGACACAUUAAGUUUUCUGAGAGCUAUAGGCUCUAUGCCCGCAGUCAUUUUGCCAAGGGAAUGGAGGUUGUACUUUUGUUGGUUGUACACCUUGCGUAUGGCUUUAGCACAGGUGCUUUUUCGUACAUUCUUCUCACGAUUAGCAGCUGGUUCUUGGCUAUUUCUUGGCUAUUUGCACCAUAUUUGUUUAAUCCAUCUGGCUUUGAGUGGCAAAAGACGGUGGAGGACUUCAGAGAUUGGACAAACUGGCUUCUGUAUAGAGGUGGAAUUGGAGUUAAAGGAGAAGAAAGUUGGGAGGCUUGGUGGGAUGAGGAGCUGGCUCAUGUUCGAACAUUAGGGGGGAGGCUGAUGGAGACCAUUCUUAGUUUAAGGUUUUGUAUAUUUCAAUAUGGAAUUCUAUACAAGCUACAUUUAUAGGGAGAUAAUACAUAUCUGACGGUUUAUGGGUUUUCAUGGAUUGUAUUUGCGGUGCUUUUGAUCCUCUUCAAGGUGUUCACAUUCAGCCAGAAAAUAUCAGUUAAUUUCCAGUUGUUGCUGCGCUUUGCCCAAGGCCUUUCCUUUUUGCUUGCACUACUGCUGUUGCACUUACUGACCUAUCUAUUGCGGAUGUAUUUGCAUGCAUAUUGGCUUUCAUACCCACUGGAUGGGGAAUUCUCUGUAUUGCAUCAGCAUGGAAACCUCUGGUGAAGAAAAUGGGAAUGUGGAAAUCCAUUCGUUCAAUUGCCCGUUUAUACGAUGCUAGGAUGGGGAAGAAAGUGAAAGAAAGCAACCAGAUCGUUGUCCAAACAUCGGUUAUUCUUCAAAUAAAGUUUAAUUGGGUUUCAAAUUGCAGCCUAGAGAGAUAAAUGUUGGGAAACUAAGUUCUGCCCUAAAACGCUUAGGAUUCAGCUCUUCUUCUAUUCCGCAGAUGAUCAGCCAGGACGAAAGUAUCGCUGCGUCAUCCAUUUUUUGUGCAAAACCAAAAUUUGUUGCUCACUAGAGUUGAGGCAAUCGGGAAAAUACUUGGGCAAUAUGCAAAAAAAAAAAGAGAAAGAAGACAAAGGGAUGAAAUGCCAAAAAGAAUGACAGGAACAGUGUCACACGUUCUGAGUAUUUCACGACUUCAAACAUCAGUUCUAGGCUUCAUGCAUCACGAUAUUAAAAAUGGAUACUCUGUGUUAAAAACAGCCCCAACCUCUUAAUAUUUCACAAAUCAAUUUCAUUCGCGUCCAGCAUCCUACCACUCAAGCAGAAUGUGCGAGGAGAGUGCACGACCAACUGUAAGGUUCAAAACCCUAGCACACGGAACAACAACGAGCAGAGGCGACAGAGGAGGAACAUCAAAGGCCAUCGUCCUUCGACACACAUACCAUGGAGCAAUGAUUUAAAUGAAGAAUGUCGCAGAUUGAGAAACAUCCAUGUUCUUCUCAGAAAACUGGAAUUCUCAAGCAGGAAAACUUAGCGUAGUUUCAGUGGGCAAUUGGCAUAUGCAGCAGACGCACAAUCUCUUGACACCACGAUCUCACCAUACAGUUCUAUUAUUUCUAUCUGUCUCAGAUAAGGCCGAUGCCUAUUUCUAUGAGCUAUAAAAGCAAAGCGAGACAAUUUUGAUGGAUAUAGAUUUUGGCAAUGAUGAUGCUUUUUGCUUCCGGUAAGGUAUGCUUCUUUAGAGAAGUGCUUCCGGCAAGGUAAAGACGACAAUACGAGGGUGUAGGAUGUCCUUC